AUGACCAACUCCAAGGGCCAACAAGGCCACGAGCUGCGGUCAAUUCCAGAGAAUACAAAUGCACCAGAAAUCGCUCAAGUUGAGGGAGACGGACCUCCGGCCUCUCCAGAACAACUACCCAACCAUACCAUUCUCAAGUUUCUCACCGCCAGCUUCUCGUUCUUUGUCGCCGGUGUCAAUGAUGGCAGCGUCGGUGCGCUCAUUCCCUAUGUCAUUCGCCAGUACAACAUAAACACAGCCCAAACAUCUGCUUUAUAUGCCACCAACUUUGCGGGGUGGUUCAUCUCCGCCAUAAUCAACACCCACCUGACCCAGUUCUUUCAUCUGGGCUCUAUGAUGCUCCUCGGCGCAUGCACUGAGGAUCUGGAACCCACCAUUCCCUCUUUUCGUCCUCAGCUUCACCUUUAUGCUCGGAGCUCCCACCGCUGGCUUGCCCUUAUCCACGCGUCGUACUCCGCCGGCUGCCUCGUCGGACCAUUUGUGGGCACGGCGGUCGCGGCUGCAGCAACGCCUUCUGUUUGGUACUACUUUUACGCUGUGCCCUUGGGACUGUGUGUCGCAAAUACGGCCUUUAUUGCCCUUGCCUUCCGUGAUACCGUCAAAUUCAGGCACAGGGGGGAGAUAUCCUCAGAAUCGCGCCACAAGGAUGCCUCCAAACUGAUGACACUCACUUUCCGCAGCCCAUCUCUGUGGUAUCUCAGUAUCUUCUUCUUCUUUUAUCUAGGCUCUUCGCUCACCGCAAGCGGGUGGCUAGUGGAAUACCUUAUCGACGUGCGCAAGGGGGACAUUUCGCAGAUGGGCUUCGUGGCCGCAGGUUAUAAUGGCGGCACCCUCUUGGGGCGUUUACUUUUAGCAGAGCCCAUCCACCGCUUUGGGCCUCGCUAUAUGGUCUUCGCGUUUGGUAUCUUGUGCAUCGGCUUCCAGCUGGUUUUCUGGCUUGUGCCAAACAUUAUCGCUGCGUCCAUCGCGGUGAGCAUUGUUGGGUUCUUUGCGGGCCCAUUAUUCGCCACGGGUGUUUCUCUUGCGGCGAAACUCUUCGAACCAGAGGUAAAGCCGACGGCACUGGCUUUCGUAUUCGUAAUGGCACAGGUUGGGGGUUCAUUGUUCCCAAUGAUCACAGGAGGCGUGGCAUCUUCGGCUGGUGUGGCAGUCCUACAGCCCAUGUUGAUUGCACUUUGGGUGGCUACGUCUCUAAGCUGGCUCCUGGUGCCGCAGACGAAGAAGCAAAACCUCGCCGCUACUCACCAGGAAUAA